UCCCCCCCCCCCCCCCCUCCCACCACCAGAGCGGGGACCACCGACCACCUGUGAACCAUGGAAAACGACGCGUCCCACGCGGAGCCCAGCAGCGUGUCCGGCAGCACCCACACCAUCCCGCAGCCCGAGAGCGCGGAGGAGAUGCUCACCCCGAGCUUCACCCCGUCCUCCGCCCCGACCUCCCCGAACCCGAACUCGACCGGCACCCUGGCCCGGCUGGGCUUGAAAACCCCGCUCAGCCCGACCGAUGCGGUGCCGGGGAGCCCGGUGGACCGCGGCCAGGUGAGCGCCAUCACCGUGGUGGCGCUGCUGGACAAGCUGGUCAACAUGCUGCAGGCGGUGCAGGACAACCAGCAGCGCAUGGAGCAGCGGCAGGCCGACCUGGAGGGCGCCGUGCGGGUCGUGCAGGGGGACGUGACCCGCCUGUCCAGGACCCACGUCGUUACCUCCAACAACGUCAGCAAGCUGCUCGAGCGCUCCCGCAAAGUCAGCGGGCACCUGAAGGACGUGAGGGAGCGCAUGGAUAAGCAGGCGGUCCAGGUGAAGAAGCUGGAGGCCAACCACUGCCACCUGCUGAAGAGGAACCACUUUAAAGUGAUCAUCUUCCAGGAGGACAAUGAGAUCCCCACCAGUGUGUCGGUCAAGGACUCCACCAAGACCCCACAGCCGAGCCAGUACGACGCAGAGUCCAUCCUCCCUGCUCCGUCUGUAGCCGGCUCCAUUGAUGGCAGCCGCGCGAACGACGAGGGUCUUCAAACCAUUAGCCUGUCCUCCUCCUCCUCCGAUCUCACAGUGCACCACGAGGAGUACGAGAUGUGCGGGAGCGAGGCCAGCAUGGGUCCGGGCACCUCCCGCUCAUUCGAGAGAAGGGCCGACAAGUUCAAGCGCAACAGCCUGAAGAAGGUCGACAGCCUCAAGAAGGCCUUCUCGCGCCAGAGCUUCGAGAAGAAGGUGAACCAGAUCACCACCAAGAUCGUGCCGCCAGAGAAGCGUGAGCAAAUCCGGAAGAGCCUCACCCCUAACCAGCCCAAGAGCCCGACCGCCAAGUCCUCCUCUUACAAGGUAUCUCCCAUGACCUUCAACAUCAAGAAAAACCGAGGCGGGGAGGACCCCACACAAGGCAAGGGGUUUCCCGAGGAAGAAGACCACGUGGAGAUUCUUGCUCUGGAGAGCGUCGCUGGAGAGAUUCCCUUGGCAGAGGUGUACACCCAGGGAGGAGUUGUGGAGAUGGUCCAGGAGAUGCGGAGUCCCUCCACCCCAGAGGGCAUGAAGGCCGGGCUGGCGAUCAACGGAGAGGCGCCGAGCUUCGAGUGCGAGAUCAAUGGCGACCGUUCUGCCGGCCUCGCAGUUCCCGAGCUCGAUGAAGAUGUUGCCGAGGAGGAGGAGGAGGAAGAAGAGGAGGAAAAAGAAGAGAAGAAGCACAAAAGCCCCGUUGAGAUCGCAGCAGAUGCCCAGAUUCCCACGUCAACAAUUACUGUAGAGCAAGUGUCUUAAUAUGAUUUAUUUCUUAGCGAGUAGCAAUUCUAGUUGCCCAUUCUUUACUUGCCUUAAAUUCAGAAAUUCGUGACCACCCGGCAGCCACAAAUGAUUUGUCCUUUGACAUUCCUGCCAUGAACCCCCACCAUAUACACGAGAAACGUACUCCCAGCUUCCUAAGGUAGCCCAUCCUUGGACCUUUCCCGCCACCCUACCUUUUGAUUAUCACCAGACCAUGACACACACACACACAGUGUAGAAGCUACUGGGUUCACGGCGAGACCUCGCAGUGUAUCGGAAUCCAGCGCAAGUGCUUCCUAAACCCAAAGAAAGCACCGUUGCACCAAUGGACCGAAACUCCCGUGAACCGGUGUCCUCGAUAGCGGCCUAUCUCCACGGCGCUGGGCCAACUAGCUCCCUACCGCUGUGUCCGUCUGCCUCCGGGGCUUUCUUCCACUGACGAAGAGCCUCGUCCUUCUUUGUGUUUUUACUUACUAAAAAAUUGUUCAUCUUUGGCAACAGUGGAACUAGCGUUGCCAGGUUGUGCUCGAGUUGGAAUGGGGAGGUUUAGGGGUUUCAAUUAAAAAACCCUGGGGGUGUUUUGGUGAACUAGAGGUUGUUUACUAAAUUCUUUGUACCUAUGCUGGAGAGAAAAAACGCCCAGAUCUUAACCAACAGGUGGCUGUAAUUCAGUCUUGCCUCCCGUCCUUCACCUGCGCACAACACGUUGUUGAUUACUUCCGCAGAGACGUAUCUAGAUUACCGCAAGCGUGUCAUGUGGCCCAUGGGAAUGUUUACGUAAUGGUUGCCUUCACAUUCAGUCACCAGCAGGUGCAGACAAUUAGAGUAGAUGGCAAUCGGAAAAGAGUCUAAACGUUCUCUGCGAAUCACACGAAUUAAAAGAGAGAUACAAGAUAAACAAAUACCAGUUAACAUGUUUGUGCUUAAUUACACGGAUGCAAAUGAAGGACAUCCUUGCCAGAGAGAUGCUACUCUUCACGCCGAGACACAUUAUUGACCAAAACAACCCUGCGUGUUUUAUUCCUGACAUUUUAAUGUCCCCUUUGUCUUCUCCGCGGGGCAAAUUUGUAUGUUUAUGUCCAGGAAUGAAUCUUUGUUUUCCUCCUCUACUCCCUCGGUAUUUACAGCUUAAACACCAUAAAAUCGAAACUUUACGAUAACUGCCUCGAGUGUGUGUACGUUAUACAGUGAUUGUUGUAUCUGCGAAUUAAUUUUGAGUUACUAUAUGAUACUUUGGUGUUUGUAAGUCGACUUUCUUUCUUUUAUGCAUAUCAUGGGACCUGCAUGGUGUAAUGUUUACUCGGCUUCACGUGUUUUAAGACGUAAACACAUAUCUUAUACAUUUGCCAGGGCACCAUCACUAAAUCCCCUCCCCCUAGAUACCUGCACACACACACACACACACACACACACACACACACUCCUACAGUGCCUUUCGCCCUGCACAAGCUGGUAUGAGUAACUGCAGUCCUGAAGGCACGGCUUGUUUUUGUAGAUGAGUGAUUUGUAAAUGCUUUUCCUCUUCUGAGGAGCUGUUUGCAGCUAACGCUUUACGGGGAAUAGUCACGGGUCGAUACCGACUGCUGGAAGAGCUGAGAACGUUUGAAGUUAGAAGGAGGUGCAAGUUCACUCACGACCAACCUGAUGUUCGGAAGUAAAAAAAAAAAGUGCCUUUCCUCUUGUUGCACGCCGUUAGCGCAAUGCCAGCCUUACGUAGUUACAGGCGUCCAAUAUGCCAGGACUCCCUAAAAAUACUUUAGCAAGUGGUACCAGGUGCCAAGGAUCCAGACACUGGAGAGGUCACAGAAGUGGAUCGAGGCAGAGGGCAGCAUUCCUGGCUCUGACGGAUGACUCCUGCUCAGCCCCAUUUUUCAUGUUCUCGGCCUCCUUGUUGAGGCCGUGCAAAAGAGAGAGGAGACGUUAUGUGGAGCCACAGGUGUUCACCCCCCCCCCCCUUCCCUCCCAGGGGGUGCAUGAGCUUGUAGUGGAAAGGGGUCAUAUGUGGGUGUUGGAAAGAACUUAAGUUAUUGGGAAGGACGAUAAAGUUGCCGUUGGGUUCGCCGUAAAAUGUAAGCGUCUAUAUGAGAGUCUGAGAUGCAUCAGACCUUUGGGACUAACUAUGCAAAAUUAUAUAAAUCAGUGAAAUCAUAACUGAACUCAAAGCCUUUUCCCUGUACCUGCUUUAUGCGUAUAAAUUAACUGGCCAGUUUGCUCAAUGGGAUCUGUGAAGAGAAAAUAAAGGGACGGCCGUGAAUGAUUUAAAAACAACUUGAUACUUAUGUGUAUUUUUACUUUGUCGUUCUUCAAAGUAUUUUCUUCUUUUUAAUUCCACGCUGUAUAAUUCAUUUUACUGAAAGGGGAUUAAACAAUGGGCUUGCGUGUGCAUUCUUUGUCCUGUAGAGGUCUAAAUGUGACCGGCUUUGAGGUAUUUCCUGCUUAUUUGUGCAAGUGUGUUACUUUGAUAUCUCUGUCUGCAAAUGGUAAAUAUGCAAUUCCUAGAUUUGUGUUUGUGAGCAGAAGUCAGUUUGAAUUGUCUUAAAAUCAGAUCAUUUCAUCUGCAUUCAUAUGUGAGAGCUGGGGUUUUCUUAUUUUUCUUUUUUGUAAGAAAGUUCAAACUCCACAUAUCUACAGCAUUAGUCAGGUAGUGACAUCGUGUUCAUAGAGCGUUUUGACUUUCUAGCCUUUUAAUUUAGUUACCCACUUAAAACAAAGACGUUUCCUUCACAGCAGAAGAUUCCCCGCCACUUGAGUGUUUUGAAUGAACUGCUCCUGCCACUUGUUUCAAGCAUCUUGUAAACAUGCAGGCAUUGCCUUUCCAGAAUGUAGUAUUGUACACCAAUAAAGAUUUUAUAACAUUCAA